AUGGUUCUAAAGGAUGUGAGGCUUGUCAAAGGCAUGGAGCAGCAGGCUCCGUUAGUUCCCAUGAAUCCAGUGGUUAAGCCAUGGCCAUUCAGAGGAUGGGCAAUGGAUCUCAUUGGCAAAAUCUAUCCAGCUAGUAGCAAACAAUAUUGUUUCAUCAUUGUAGCUACAUACUAUUUCACCAAAUGGGUGGAAGCCAAACCUGUUAAAUCUACUACAUCUCAGGAGAUCAUCGCCUUCAUAGAAGAACAGAUUAUACAAAGGUUUGGUAUCCCAGAGUCAAUCACAACUGACAAGGGAUCCUUUUUCAUAUCUGGAGAAAUGCUAGAUGUGGCAAAAGCAUUCAAGUGCAAAUUACUUCAAUCCACUCCUUAUUAUGCUCAAGCUAAUGGACAGGCAGAAUCAAGUAACAAGGUGAUAGUCAACAUUAUCAGGAAAAUGCUUGAGAAAAAUCCAAAGCAAUGGCAUGAGAAAUUAUCAGAAACUCUCUAG